GCGGUUGCGAUUUGGGAUUCUCUCCUCCUGCAGCUGCAGCCGCCGCCUGCACGUCAUUUAAACUCUUGCUUGUCUCCCCCAUCGCAGCGAUUAAAUAAGAGUCCCAUGACUCCCGCUAUAAAUUCCCUUCAAUUCAGUCGGCUGAUUCAACAUUUGACCUUAGCCCCCAUUUUGAAUCUACAGGAACUGGAUUUCGUCUUGAAGACGAGAACAGAUUUCUCCAUUAUUCAUGCAAGUGGAAAGACCCUCAUCCUUGAAUUGAUCCUCAGAUUUACUUAGCUAUUUUUUUGCCCUGAACGAGCUAUCCAGCCCUUCUCUCAGUAGUGUGCCUUUCUGCUCCAUUAGCAUGGGAAAAAUGAUGAUGGAACAUGGACAUGAUGAAGCCGAGGCUAGAAGAAGUGUUUCUUUUGCACGUACUACAAGCAAUACCUGUUCUCGUUGCAUUCAGUAUUCUUUCCCCCAACAGCUGGAGAAUGACAGUGAAAGUGAAUCUGUAUCAGAAUCAGGAGAUAUUGGGGAUAGGGCACUUAGCAGAAAUAUGUCCAGUCGAAGUGGUAGGCUGUUAUUUUCUGUUGAAAAUACUGCCGAAAGUGGUUUGGUUGUGCCUAUUGAAGAGGAAGGUGCUUGGCCACAUGAUCCAACUGCUACAGAUAAUGUUUCUCCUGUUACAAAAUCUGGAGAUGGAAUGAAGAAUUGUGAAAAGGAGGUGCCACGGUGGUUGGAUUAUAUUUCAAGCCUACUGUUUCUAGCUGUCUUUGGAAUAUUAGGGGUAUUGCUGAGGUAUGUUCUUGAAAUAUUGUUUGGGCCAGGAAAUGUGGGUGCUACAAGUGAUCAAAACUAUAUGUAUCUCGAUCUUCCUUCUAAUAUGGUUGGUUCAUUUUUAAUGGGUUGGUUUGGGGUGGUGUUCAAAGGAGACAUUUCCAAACUUUCAGCCCAGUUGGCCAUUGGAUUGACAACAGGUUUUCUAGGAAGCCUUACAACGUUUAGUGGUUGGAACCAGAAGAUGCUUGAGUUGAGCGUAGAAGGUCGAUGGGUUUUUGCAAUACUUGGCAUUUUUAUAGGGUUGUUUCUUGUUGCUUACUCCAUUAUUUUUGGCAUUGAAACUGCAAAAGGUCUUCAAUGGGUUCUGAAAAGAACUGGAAACAAUAGAAAAUCAACAUUUGAAUGCUCUUGGAAGGUGAACAGUCCAAAACGUCAUUUGGUGGUCUCAGUAAUACUGCUUCUUACUUUGGCUGCUCUGUGGACUAUAUGUAUAGCACUCGAGAUAAGCAAGUUCAAAAAGGGAAACAGUAAAUCCCGGCUGUGGUUGGCAUGUCUUGUCGGACCAUUGGGUGUUUGGAUCAGGUGGUUCUUAGCUCGGUUAAAUGGCCGUGGUUUAGGAAAAUCAGGAUUGUUGAAAUGGGUACCCUUUGGAACCUUGAUUGCCAAUGUGUCUGCAGCUUCUGUCAUGGCUGGACUAGCAACCUUGAAGAAAGUCGUGAGCACAAAGGACUGUGAUACGUUUGUUGGAGGCGUCCAGUUCGGGCUGCUGGGGUGCCUUAGUACGGUUUCUACAUUUGUUGCUGAAUUUCACGCCAUGAGAGAAAGCAAACACCCUUGGAGAGCGUAUGCAUAUGCCCUGGCUACAAUACUCCCAUCUUUCAUCUUUGGGACUCUAUUAUACUCUGUGCCAGUGUGGACAAAGGGACUUUAAUUAACUGAGGGUUUAGGGGAGAACCUGAUUGACCAGUUCCAGGCUUGUUGAUUCAGUCAUACAUACCAUUUAAUUAAUUGCACUACUUAAU